GAACGCAGCACGUGUUUCUUAUUUUGUUUGGAAUCUAUUUGAUUGAUCACAUUAUGCCUUUGGUCAAGCACCGCAAAGUUGUUAUGCUAGGGUACCCCGCAGUUGGUAAAUCGUCUCUGGCAGUUCAUUUUGUUAAAGGAGAGUUUCCAAAAGAAUACGAGCCAACAAUUGAAAACACCUGGAGUAAAACUUUUGUUAUCGGUAAUGAUGAAUUCGAGUUGGAUGUUGUUGAUACCGCCGGCCAGAAUGAAUAUUCUAUGAUUCCCCACGCAUUUGUGUUCGGCAUUCACGGUUACAUUGUAGUCUAUUCUGUCGGAUGUGAAAGGAGUUUUGAGAUUGCCCGUACGCUGCAUAAAUAUCUGGUGGAUCUCCGUGGGAAGUGUCUGAUGCCCAUUGUCCUAGUUGCCAAUAAAAGCGAUCUUCCACCUCAAAGACGGGAAGUGAGAUACGAAGAGGGCAAGAAGCUUGCGGAUUCUUGGGGUGCAGCCUUUAUGGAAGUAUCAGCAAAGAACCCAGAGGAUAGUAAACAGAUUUUUACAAAGAUCAUUCAAGAAAUUGACCGUGUGGAACGAAGCUUUGGGGAUGAGAAGAAGUGCCGUGUUAUGUAAACUGGUUCACUUUACCACUGCUUGAGUUUCCUGCAGAAGCGGGCAUUUGUAGGAAUUCAUACAGUGGAUGUUCAGGGUAUUGACAGUGUAUGUGUUUGUCUACUUCAGCAGAGUCAAUGCAAUCCUACUGGGCAUAGUAGAAAGGAUUUCUACUUGUCACACCCCCUUCCUUGUAUCUUGAUACCUCUUUUGGGGCAUGUUCUAUUGAAUGUCUGAUUUGUAUACUUGAAGGGUAAUUUCAGAGCAUUUCACAGGACUGGGACAAGGGCUAAUAUUCCAAUACUGAGGCCUUACAGACCUGUGUCACAGUUUGCACAAAUUGUAUGCAAUAUUGCACCUU